AUGGCUUCGGUCGUUUCGUUAGGCCUGCAUCAACCUACAGGACUUCAGCAUGCAGUCCAAGAACACCUCCUCCCUGCAGACCCGCCCAGUACCUCAUAUACCUGGGACAAUCACUUUGAUAAUAAUGCCGGCUCGACGUACGAUUCGAUCGUGGAUGAAGACGAGCUACUUGUAACUCCACGAUGCGUUAUUUGGUCGAGAGGAGGGGUCUACCGCAAAAGCUAUAAUUUUGACCUGGAGAAGGAGCCGGUCAGCCAGGCUUUGUUGACCUAUUUUCCCAGUAUUGGGCCUCUCGAAUCCAAGGACACAACAGCUACGCAGAAAAAUGGGGGCUCUAAGAGGUCGGCGGCCAUCGUAGUCUUCUUGAAGACUCAGGCGCAUGUUUACUUUCUUUCUGGCACGAGCCAUGUUAUACAUCUGCCAUUCGAGGUCGAAUCUGCGAUUGCUGCUCCAAAUGGCAUUAUAUUACAGCGAAAACUACGAGUCGACAAUCUUGUCCCGGCUUCUUUGAAGUUUCCGAAAGUACCUCCAAACUCUUUCGUUUCGUCACAACCGCAGCCAUGGUCUGCAGCAAGCUCUCAGCAGUCCACCUUCUCGAUCGCCGACCUUGGAGCGCCGAAGCAGUAUUCGACGCGAUUCAGCUCUACAUUGAAGGAUUUGUGGGAUCCUCCAGCUCUGAAGAACGAUGCAAACUGGCCACGGUUAUUCUCCCUUACGGAUCCUCUCUCUGAGAUGGGUUUGAUAGUGGAGGGACCUUCGAAAGCUAAUAGCAAGGGACAUCGGAGGAGCUCAGGAAAAUUUGCUGCGUUGGAUACGGCAGAAGAAAUACUGCAUGUCUCACGUCGAGGAGAGUUCUCUGACAAAGACACCGAACAUCCUCUUGUCCUGGCCUUGACAUUAAACCGGGAAACCAGCAUGUACACUGUCUGGAAGCUAUCGUAUAUUAAUGAAGAGUCUGCGAGCGAAAAACGCCGUGUUGCAAGUGAUACGGCUCGUCGAAGAAGCUCUUUCGUUCCCGGUACAGCAACCGGAGCUACAACUCCAAUCUUGAGUAGCCAGCCAAAUUUUAGGGAAAGUCUCGGGGGCAACGCUGCUGGAAUAGGGUUGAAACUAGGCAAGAAGCAGGCUGAUGUUACGAAAGAUAAGCCUGUCGAUGUAGCUGCUGCCAUCGAUCCUGACUGGGAAAUCCCCACAAACCCAAGAAGGAAGUCUCGUCGUGUAAGCUCUAUGCUUGCACGAGCAGAUCUUUCCGCCAACCAUGAACGAUCAGCAUUUUCUGAACUGGCCACAGGCCAUCAGCAUACGACAAACAGACGCGGAGAGUCUUUAGGGAGCCAGCAUGGCAGAGUCAGUAACGGGGUCUAUAGCGGAACCGGUGGACCUAGUUUAUCACAACCGUCACAAUUCAGCCAUAGCCUUAAUAGCUUUUUGGAAGCCCCUGUAGAUGAGCUACUCGAUGAGCUUCGUGCGGGUGGGGAUUUUGAAGGAUUUCAUAACAUGGGCCUCGACGAUGAGGAAUUUGACGCUUUGAAACAAGAAGUUGUUCUCUCCAAGGUCUGCGAUGUACCCGCUGAACACAGUAAUGUCCGGUAUUCGAGUCAACAUAUGCCUGCUGCAAGUCAAUGUAAGAUAUUCAUGCUUACUGCGCCGCCUUCUGCCGCUGAUGAGCGGUUGGGAAAUGCCAUUGUUAUAUGCGUCCUAGAUUUGGAUGAGAAAAGGCUCCUUGUCCUGACGCUUUACAAGAACAACCUCGAUACUAAAGAGAAUCAUCUUAACGGGAAAAGAAGAGAAAAUCAUAUUUCUUUAGGCCCAAACCCUAUCAUGAGAGCGAAAGGUGUUCUGGAUGCCUGCAGGCUUGACGACGGUCAUAUCUCACGUAUUCUGGUGUUGACUGAAACUAGGGAUGGCUUUGGUGAAUUGAGCCUCCAGGCUCCAUGGAGUGACAUGAUGAAUAUCACACUUCCUGUUACGUUCACUAUAAGCAACAUUCGGAAUCUUGGGCAUGAUGCUACACCACGUGCCAGACGUGAAGGUGGGUUUAAGCGUGUACUAAGCCAAGGACCUCGUGCUCUGCGUGGUUUACGAAACUCGAAGCCGCAUGGUUUUGUCGACCUCGUUGACGAUGAAGGCAAGAUGCAUCAGCUCCAAAUAUUACUUGAGCCUCGGAAUCCUCAUGUAGGUAAAAUCCUCGAGGUUUGUAGAGCUGUUCUUCCUGGUCCGAAACGUGGAGAAGGGUUCUUAGUUGGGUGGUGGAACGCAAUGCAAUGGCUUCGACUGGAAUCAAUAGAUACAGUGGACAUGGAAUGGACAGCUCUGGUUAUUACGUUGUUUUCGAUGGUCCUCGGUCUCGGCAGAAGAUCGAUGUCCUCUGAAAAUAAAACGCAUGCCAAGAAAAAGUCAGGUCUCUUAAGAUCUAGCAGCGGUGCGCAGUCGGAUUUGGAGAGUUGGCAAAUGAUGCAAACGCAAGAGGCUUCAUAUGGAAACACUCUGCCCUCCUGGGCGGGGAAUCCAGCGUGGAAGUGGCUUGCUGAUGAUGAUAAUACCGCCAGUAGGAUAAGGGACGCGGAACCUCUUUCUCCUAUUUUCCCAUCUUUUGACGGUGAUAAGCCCAACUUUGUACAAUGGCAUGCCAAACUGGCUCGGGAUUUUACGAGCUCGACCAUUGGUCAGUCUUUAGUGUCAGGAAUUUUGCCAAUUUCUGGAAAUAGAGACACAGACUUGCGCAAGAGGGCACUCGUAGAUACUUUUGUCGGCCUUCAUAUUCUUCAUGAAGAGCAAAAGCUUGACACAACGAUGGCCGACGCUUUGAGCACAGGUGUUGCAAGUCUGACACCCAUUCUGGCUCAAAUGUCCCACUGGCUUGGUUGGUCAACCUGGAUCAACUACUACGAACUCGAAGAGUCUUCCCUGCUGGAGUUAAAGUAUGAUCGAGACUCGCCCAUUGAUUUCGUUAUUCCAGAGCCAUUUGAAUGUCCUUCUAUUCACCAAUGGAUUGAAAUCUGUUUGACUACUCAAAAUAAUACGACGUUUUUGACUUUACCCGAGUUGAUAGCUACUCGAACUUCGGAACAAAUCAAGAACGCCUUUGAGUUCGAUCACUGGACUCGACUUACCCCCAGAACCCUUCUCUUCGCACAAUUCUUUGCUUCUAAGCAACCGGGCUGGUCACCUGUUCAAUUUGUUGAAGCUUUGGCGGCUGCGGGGAUGGACCGACUACUUCUCGAGACCCUUCCCGAAGCUGUUCUCGCUCCUUUACAGGAGGCUAUCGUUCAAUGUCAGACUGAACCGCCUACGACCUGGAGCAAGGAUCUUUUAGCAAUUGUUGGACGAGAAGAUGUAAACAUAUUGUUGACUCCGGGACAACGACCCCGUCAGACCCCGUCAAGUCUACUUGUUCCAACUCACGAAGCGAGUCUUGAUGUCCAUGCAAUUUGCCUCUCCAUAACAGAUACAGACGCGACGAGAGCGCUCGAUGGGGCGGCAGAGAUAGAUCGACACUCUAUUACCCGUGCUAUAUUCAAAGAUGACCGGAGAAUGAAUGAAGCUAUAAGCAUACUCAACACAUCAAGGCCCACCGUGGCACGUUGCAGACCUGAACCGCAAUGGACCGAGUCUGAUCUUCUAGAGGCCCAGAAAGAGCAUGCACAAAUGUUAGCCUAUCGAACACUUGCAAUUCCUGCUGGACGAGGGCUGCUGUACUUCAGUGCUCGCGUACCACUCUUGACCGAGAGGCUCAUGAUCGGUGGUUUUAACUUAAGUUGUGUUAUGAAACCCGACAACACUACUGUUGGAGUUGAUAAGAACGCAUUUACGGAGGAGAAAGUGUGUUGGGCAUUCUUCCACGCUGGAGUCGCAGCUGGCCUGACUAUAUCUCGUGAUGCCAAGGGAAUCGACACUUCUUGGAUUCUGUUCAACAAGCCCGUUCAAGACCUUAGCAAUCGACAUGCAGGAUUCUUACUUGCGCUAGGUCUCAAUGGACAUCUCAAGUCUGUGGCGAAGUGGGUGGCUUUCAAGUAUCUGACCCCGAAACACACCAUGACCUCGAUCGGCUUACUGCUCGGUCUGGCAGCAUCGUAUAUUGGAACAAUGGACUCGUUGAUAACACGGUUACUGUCUGUUCACGUCACUCGCAUGCUACCACCGGGAGCAGCCGAAUUGAAUCUCUCUCCUUUAACCCAGACCACAGGCAUUAUGGGAAUAGGUAUACUUUACUGCAAUACCCAGCAUCGCCGGAUGAGCGAGAUUAUGGUGUCUGAGAUUGAGCAUAUCGAUACUGAAACGGAAGAAGAGCCUUUGAGGAAUGAAGGAUAUCGACUUGCAGCUGGUUUUGCGCUCGGAUUUAUAAAUCUUGGCAAAGGUACCGAUCUCAAAGGACUUCACGAUAUGCGGCUCACUGAGAGACUUGUUGCACUGGCUGCUGGUAGUAAGAAAGUCGAUCUGGUUCAUGUAUUGGACAAGGCUACAGCCGCUGCGGUUGUAGCUAUUGCACUCAUCUACAUGAAGUCUGAAAACCAGGUUCUAGCUAGAAAAGUCGAUGUGCCAGACUCUCUUCUGCAAUUCGACUAUGUUCGUCCGGACAUUUUCCUACUUCGGACCCUCGCAAGGCAUUUAAUUAUGUGGAGUAGGAUCGAGCCAACGUUCUUAUGGAUUCAAAAGAACUUGCCACCCGCUUAUCGAGGACGAAGUUCACUACAUUGCGUUAGCUCUUUGACAACUAAUGAUCUUCCAUUCUACGAUAUAAUUACUGGGCUUUGCUUCAGUAUUGCCCUACGUUUUGCGGGUUCGGGCUCUUUGGUCGUACGAGAUCUCCUUAUUCAUUAUCUGGAUCAAUUCAUGCGGAUUUGUAAUAUCAACGCCGACACCUACGACCAGAAGUUGACGCGGAACACAAUAAGGAAUUGUCAAGAUUUGAUGGCACUUGGAGUUGCGACUGUCAUGGCCGGUACAGGUGAUGUCGUUGUUUUCCGUCGACUAAGAUCCAUGCACGGUCGGGAUGAUAGUGAUACGCCGUAUGGAAGUCAUCUUGCUGCUCACUUGGCAAUUGGUGCUCUGUUUCUAGGAGGUGGAACUUUUACCUUUGGCACGUCAAACUUGGCCAUAGCUGCUUUAUUGGUAGCAUUUUACCCUAUUUUCCCGUCUUCGGUCCAAGACAACAAGUCUCAUCUGCAAGCCUUUCGCCAUUUCUGGGCCCUGGCAGCUGAAUCCAGAUGCCUUGUAACACGAGACAUUGACACAAACCAACCAGUACCAAUGCCAAUCACGGUAACGCUUCGCAACGGCGAGGUGACCCAGCGGCAUACACCAUCACUUCUGCCAGAGGUAGAGCAAAUAAAGACAGUUCGUACUGACAGCACUGAGUACUGGAACGUAGUUCUGGAUCUCGAGAAUAAUUCAAAGCAUAUAGCCUCUUUCAAAGCGACACAAACAGUCUACGUCCGCCGCCGGCCUGCUCACGAUGCGAAUACAUCUGCAUUCCAAGCUACGCUGCAAGCUUUGAACGAUGAUGAUGGCACGUCAUCGCAUUCUCUAGAUUGGCUCUUCGAACUCCCUGCUUUUGCAUCACUUACCAAAGCCGAGAGAGCUCUUGUUCUCCCGCCCCAUCAUGGCGGCUCGAGCGAUAUACACGCUGGGACGAAAGAGACAGUCGUGGAUGCUCGACUUGUGCUAGAGAACGCAACCAUUGAUAGUGGGAAGAGAGAUAGGUUGUUAGGACUGAAGUUGUUGUUUGAAUGGGCGGAUAGUAAGAGUGCUGAGGGUGGUGAUAUGCAGUGGAUUCGGCGAGAAGUGGUGGAGAGGUUGAAGGCUAGAGUGUGGAUGGCUGCUGAGGAAGCAUAA